AUGCAGUUCCGUGCUCUUACAGGUGCGCUGGUAGCUGCCGCCGUCGCUUCCGGUGCCUUCUACGCUUACAACGGUAACCGCACGACAGGUCAUACCCACUCUCCCGCCGACCAAGCCAGGAAUCUGUCCAGCGCUCUGAGCGAGGAGCCCACUAGGAAAGCCCUGGUCGUUGGCCCUAGCGAGCUAUAUACUGGAACCAUUACCGGAAGUGGUCCCAUCUCCAAAGAGACGGAUGAUUACGGCAGGAAGGUUCUCGAGAUGCUGGAUCCGGACCAAGCCACGGCUAAGCUGAGGAAGAAUGAGGAGUCAUGGCUUGUUGGACGGGGACAAGGCGUGGUGCGCUACGAUGUGGUACAGUGCCCAAGCAAUGAUCCAAUAGAAGACGAUCACGCAGAGAAGAUUAUCGAGGUGCCAUCGAAUCUGGCGGCUACCGACAAUGGUGCCACGGCGAGCGAUUGGAUGUUCUGGGGUGUUUUCGACGGACACAGCGGCUGGGUCACGUCUGCCAAACUCCGCCAAACGCUCAUCUCCUAUGUAGCUCGCGAGCUCAACACGACCUACAAAUCUGCCGUCGAAGACCCCAAGCUGCAAUUCCCGACCCCUGACGCCAUCGAUAGAGCAAUCAAGACAGGCUUCACUAAGCUAGAUAACGAAAUCGUGCACGAGUCUGUUAAAAAGGUGCGAAAGGCACAAUCCAAGGUGGCGGCUGCUGAGCUCCUUGCACCCGCCCUCUCUGGUUCAUGCGCACUCCUAUCUUUCUACGACAGCCGAUCGAAGCUACUUCGCGUGGCCUGCACUGGUGACUCUCGCGCCAUCCUUGGUCGGCGAGGCCCCAACGGCAAAUGGACAGUGACUCCUCUGUCAGAAGAUCAGACUGGUGGAACAACAAGCGAGGCGGAGCGACUUCGCAAAGAGCACCCGGGUGAACCCAAUGUAGUCAGGAAUGGCCGCAUUCUGGGCGGACUAGAGCCAUCUCGUGCUUUUGGUGACGCAUACUACAAAUGGUCGCUCGAAACCAAUGCUGAACUAAAGAAGUCCUACUUUGCGCGGACACCGUCAUCACUACUCAAGACCCCUCCUUACGUUACUGCCGAGCCCGUCAUCACUACGACCAAAGUGGAGCCCGAGAAGGGUGACUUUGUCGUCAUGGCUACGGAUGGCUUGUGGGAGAUGCUCACUAACGAAGAGGUCGUAGGCUUAGUAGGCCAGUGGCUUGAUGCUCAGGGCAAUCCCGGUAGCCAAGGCUCACAAACGCACUCCUGGCUCACAAGCUGGUGGUCCACUCAGAAGCAACUCCCUGUAGAGCAAAAGACAGGCGAGAGCGGAGAAGGACAGCGAGCGCCGAUCCGUCAGCAACAAUGGGGUACAAAGACAAGCUUGAACGAGCGCUUCGUAGUAGAAGACAAAAACGCAGCAACCCAUCUUGUUCGCAACGCGCUCGGAGGAAAGGAUCAGGAUCAACUAAGUGCCCUCCUUACCCUCCCGAGCCCUUUCUCGCGACGGUACAGGGACGACCUGACUGUCGAGGUGAUUUUCUUUGGCGAAAGUGCUGGCACAGGAAACGUCACUCUGAACAAGGAGGCGAGCGCUGCGGAACCCGAGGUCAAGCCCAAGCUGUAG